AUGCCGAAAAAGGUCCUUGAGAUAUCGGGAUAUACGGUCCUUCCUCUGCAAUUCCCACCGGUUGCCUCCCUCCCCAAGCCCGCAACGCAUCACUUGUACCUCCAUCCACAUGAACCCCGAAAUCCGGAUCCCGAUGCUGCCCGUUCCCUUUUCCUCGUCAACCUCCCGAUAGACACCACCGAAGCCCACCUGCGGCAUCUGUUUGCUGUGCAAUUAUCAGCAGGGCGAGUCGAGAGAGUUGAGUUCGAGGGCGUACCUACAAAGCAGCAACCAAUUAAACCUGCUGCGAAACCGGUCGGCAGUACGAAAAAGAGAAAGCGAGUCACCGCAGAUGAGUUGCAAAAUCAGUUAGAAGAGAUAAAUCUCCCAUCAACAUGGGAUAGACAAUUGCAUGUGAGCGGUUCUCAUGCUGUGGUCGUCUUCGUCGACAAGCCUGCGAUGGAAAUGAGCUUGAAGGCUGCCAAAAAGGCCGCGAAGAACGGCACCACAAUAGUUUGGGGCGAGGGUAUCGAGGAUCGAGUCCCUCCCCUGGGGGUCAAGCGAUACAAGACACACAAUUCCCUCCGCUAUCCUCCGCGUGACGAACUCCUCCGCAUCGUGAACGACUACAUGGCGAUCUUCACGCAAGCCGAAGAGGCGCGCGCCCGCGAAUUAGCCCGCAAAGCGCAGGAGCCGGACGAAGACGGCUUUAUCACUGUUACACGAGGACCCAAGAAUAAUAGCAUUGCGCGGGAAGAAGAGAUCAAGGAGCUCAUCGAGAAGCAGAAGAAGCGCGAGGCCGGUCUGGAGGACUUCUAUCGGUUCCAGACGCGGGAGAAGAAAAAGGAGAGGCAGAACGAGCUGCUGAAGAAGUUCGAGGAGGACAAGAAGAAGCUUGAGGAAAUCAAGAAGAUGAAAGGAAGGAUCAGGGAUAUGGAUGGAGUUUACAUGGAUGUAAAUUUCCCUACUAGGGACACUUUUUUUGUGACAUACUUCAUAUAA